GCCUCUGCGCUUCCUCCCGUCGUGAUCGCUCAGUGCCCACGAAGGAAAGAUUCGUCCUUUCCUUUCUCUCGUGAUCGCUGCCUCGCGCGCUCGAGCUCUUCCCACCAGCGCGUGUGAUUCGGCGCUUCUGGUGUUCGGCAUCGACGUGGAGGGGGUGUUACAAGCUGUGGGAAGUGGUGGAAUACUCAAUUUUGGUAGCAAAAAAUUUAGAGCAGUAUGUGGUGGCUGAGUCUAUCGGUGGAUGUUUACCGCAGACUGAUUUCUUUGAACUUGUAUUGUAGGGUGAUUCUGUAAAUCAUGUCUUCUUCCUCUGUUUUUUUUUUUUUUGGUUUCCAUUUAGCAUGUCAGGUAUUAAAAUUCCCUUUCCUUGAAAAGCUCUCUUGAAUUAGUUCUAGUUUACUUGUUUAGGCAUCAAAGGCCUCUUUCAUUUGAGAUACCAAGCACCCCAAGGUUUUCUUGCGCUCCUCCUCCAUCUUACCUACUAAAUCUGCAACUCUUUUCUUGUUCAAGUAUCGUUUGUGUUCCUUCCCUUUUGAUUUCUCCGUGCUUUCAGUUGAUUUCCUGGUGUUCUGGUUCGUUUUUAGAGGAGAGAAUUGUAGGAAUGGUGUGUCAAGCAGCAACAAGAACCGCAUUCCGAGCUUUAAAACAUGAGAAUGGAAUUUCUGGUAGCACCACGAUAAUCAUUAGGGUCAUUGCUUGCUUCCAGCCAUUGCAAGAUUGCCAGGCUGAAUACUUCCGCCACCUCCUGAAGCCUGUCACGUAAAUUAUCCUCUCGAUUUGCAGUUCAUCUUCAAUCAAAAGAUCUUAGUUUUUUUUGUCUUCUUGUUUUGGUAGGCUUCUGGGAAUAAUUUUGCAUUACCAUUUGCAUGAGGUGAUUGAUUUGGGCAUUUGUUGAUGGAACAAGAAAAUAAUCCCCAGAUUAAUUCGCAGUCUACACUUUGGCAAUUUAGUAGCAUGAUCUCUGCUGGAAAUAAUACACAAUUUGUUACCAGGCCUCAGAACUCCAUUUCAAUGCUCUCCACUGCGUGUGUUGAUCCAUCUACUAGUCGCUUUCCACUAACUUAUUCAAUACCUUUCCCUGGUUUCUACACCGAUACUUAUUUCCCGAAGACCUCACCUUUGAUUCCUGCUCUGAUCUCAUCUCACAGGGCUCCUGAAUUGUUUAGCUCAGAUAAAAGAUACUUGGUUUCUGAUCAGCUAGUAGAUGGAAGGAGCUUCAUCUUAAGCUCAGUUAGCGUCCCCACUCCGUGCAUCAACUCUGUGAACCGAGGUUUCAAUCUGCAGGGAAAUACUGAAACUAGUGUGUCCAAUGGACAUGGAGCUGAUGAGAUGCAUGAAGACACAGAGGAAAUUGAUGCACUGUUAUAUUCAGAUUCCGACUUCAACAAUGGCGAUGAAGAAACUAGCACAGGACACUCUCCAGCUGAGCCUGAGAUAGUGGAAAGGACCUUUUCUGAGGUAGCUAGCUCUGUUCCUCCAACAAAGAGGAGGAGAGUUGAUGUGGAUGAUGAAUUUGAUGCAUCACUCAUAGAUACUGCUAGCUCGCAAGUACUCCAUUGCCCUGAUAUACCUACAGAACACAGGAACAAAGAGGAUGAUAACAACACUGCAUCUAGCCGCUUUGAAGUAGUAGGUCCUGAUCAGAACGAAGAGAACAGGCAAUUCAAACGAGCUAAAAUUCAGGAAACACUUGGCAUACUGAGAAAGAUCAUCCCUGGAGGGAAUUGCAAGGAUGCGGUCACCGUCCUCGAUGAGGCCAUCAACUAUCUCAAAUCGCUUAAGCUGAAGGUCAAAUUGUUGGAAAGUUUUCCUUAGCAUCUAUUCUAGGAGUGCCUUCUUACUAAUAUCUCAGAUGAGUUUAUCGUUUGCAUUGGUAGUAGCGGUACCACUUUGAUGGAGCACCGAAGGACUUUCACCUGCAUAAUUCUAGUGACUGAAGUUCAAAACUCUGCUGGAGUUUUGGGUCUUGAUGGUGGGGAAUGGAGGAUAUGAUGGUCCAAUAAACCAUGACCAUACCUCAGUGUUUGUUUGUGCGAGGGGAGGAUUCCAAAUUGUCGCAAAGCUUCUUUUGACCAAAUGGAAAUGAUGGAUUAUGCUUGGAGUGCGCGUGUGGGAUGGGCCUACAGCAGAGAAAGCAGGCCUACGCGCGCCUGUUAUAUAUGUCAUCGUGAUUCUGACUUUAUCUCGGUGAAUGGGCUUCUUUAGACAGUAGAAUAGAAACGCAGUGAAAGAAUGAAGUCUCGUCAGGCAGUGCAACUUUAAUGAUUUUCUGUGAGCUGUGGAGGAUAUGGGGAAGGCAGUCUCAUUCAUUAUCUACCUUCUUUGGGGUCAUUGUUUAGAAUAUUUUGAAGACGAAGGCAUUCGGGCUGGAUGAUGAGUGGACGAGACUUGUGGUCUCCACUGUUCGGUUCCUUUUUCACAAGUAGUGGAUGUCGCUGUCCUGUUGGAAGGUCUGGUUCUGGUUCAGCUAGUUAUAGGGCAGAUUUCUGAGGAAUGACUUUAUGAGAGCGUGAUGCCUGUGGAGCUCUCAUUGCUUCCUGUUAUCCUUCCCCUCCCUUCGUGGUCAUUGUCAACUAUGGUGGCAGAUAUUGUGUGUUCCUGCUAAGACUUCGUGUGUCCAUGCGAUGAUUUGUGGCCAUUGUUUCUGACCAGGCUUAGUCAUCUUCGACCUGAGCCGCCGCCCCACGAGUCAUCUUCUUCGCAUUGACGGCACCUCAAACAGAUGCGUUGGCCAGGCCUUCGAUAUGUUUAUUGUACGUGGGUGGCUAUGCCUGUGCUUUGUUGCAGAACUCAUGUCCUACUUUUUGCUGGUGCUUCCAGAGAUGUAAAAUAUUUUAUUUAUGUUUGAAUUUUAUAUUAAUUUAAAUACUUUUUUAAGGUAAUAAAGGAUUUUAUAUUCUAAA